AUGGCAGCGGCGGAUCUAUUGACCAUUAUCACUCAGGUCAUACUGCGACGGAUCAAUAUUUACUAUUUCCCCUGGAAUGUCCUGCGCAUGACUCCUGUCUGCAAAGUCCUCUACGUCCUCAGGCACGCAGCCAGGGGCUGCUCCGUCUGGUUCACCGUCACUUUCACCUUUGAUCGAUACGUGGCUAUUUGUUGCCAGAAGCUAAAAGAUAAAUAUUGCACCGGGAAAACUGCUACGGUGGUGCUGACAGUAACUGGCGCUCUGGUCUGUUUCAAAAACAGUCCCAAGUAUUUUAUUCUACAACCCUGGGCUGUCAUCGAUGGCAUUUCAUGGUUGUGUUUUCUCAAGUCAGUUUACUUCACUGAACCGGGGUGGGUGGGAUUUGACUGGUUUGAUGCAAUUUCAACCCCGUUGCUUCCAUUUGGUUUAAUCUUACUGUUUAAUAUUCUGACGGUCAAUCAUAUAUUGGUAGCCAGUCGCGUACGCAGAUCACUAAGAGGUCAAAACAAAGGUGAGAAGACCAGUGACCCUGAGAUGGAGAGCCGUAGGAAGUCUAUAAUUUUACUCUUCACACUCUCCGCCAGCUUCAUCCUCCUGUGGCUGCUCUACGUUAUAGACUCCUUCUUCUAUUCCAUUGCCGGGAUAUCUACCAGCGAUUACAACAAUGCUCAGUACAUCCUUCGUCACGUCGGUGAAAUGUUUCUGCACUUAAAUUGCUGCACAAACACGUUUAUCUAUGCCGUGACUCAGUCCAAGUUCAGAGAGCAGAUUAAGGGCAUGGUCAAAUAUCCUGUAACUUCAUUUAUUCGAUUGAUUAAUUAA